AGAGGACUCAGCUCAGGAGGGCCAAGCCUGGAGCAUGUGAAGGAAGAUUCUAAAAAAGCUCAUGAAUGGCGAAGUCCAAUAUAUCAGAGAAGAAGGAUGUUAUUGGAGCUUCCUGUCACUCCAAGAGGCACAAGGAGUGAUGAUUAGCUGGUAGCCCGGGUGAUGUAAUUAACUGAUUCGUAUAUACUUUUCAAUUGGUGAAGAUAAAUUCUUGGAUCCUCCUGUUUGUGUUGCAAGUUCACUGUCACUUCCGUGAUGGUCACUCAAAGGAAAAGGUUACAGCCCCAUUGGAUCGUCCUGCCUAGCUGAUCCCAUAUCUGCUACGAAAAUAACUGUACUGCCUAACGAUGGAAAGAAGCUGGUUACUUUUUUGUUUUGCUACUACAGCCUUUUUUUUUUCAAACCGAGCUUGUUGAAAUCAGUGAGCAAUGGAUGAUACACCACCAGCAAAGGAGCUUCUGAAGAAGCUUCAAGUGCUGGAAGAGGGUCACGCCUACCUCAAGCAAGAGCUCUCGGAGUAUUCCUAUGCCAAACUGGAGAACCAAAGGGCUCUCUCAAAAAGGCGCUCAAGAUUCUCUUCCAAAAGAAGAGCCGGUGGUGGUGGCGGUGCAAGUUGGCGGCCGCCGAGUCUCAACUUCAGUGACAGGCAGUAUCUCAAUAUAUUGCAGUCAAUAGGGCAGUCUGUGUACAUAUUUGAUCUCAGUUGUCGUAUAAUUUACUGGAGCAAGACUGCUGGAAAUCUAUAUGGUUAUUCUGUGGCAGAGGCCCUUGGACAGAAUCCCCUUGAGCUCUUAGCAGAUCCCCAGGCCUUUGCUGUAGGAUAUAGUAUAGUUCAACGUCUCAUCAAGGAGGAGAGCUGGACCGGGCAGUUCCCUGUCAAGAACAAAAUGGGGGAAAUUUUUUCAGCCAUGGCCACCAAUACUCCAUUUUAUGAUGAUGAUGGCACUUUCAUUGGGGUUAUAUGUGUUUCAUGGGAUUUGCGGCAUUUUCAAGAAACGAGGGUUCCACUGUUAUGUUUAAAACCAGACUCAAGCUUCGGCCGUUGCCCUACCACUAGUGCGGCAACUCAAGUUGGUGUUGAUCCUCAGCAACCUCUGCAAAAUGAACUUGCAUCAAUAAUAACAAAUUUGGCGUCCAAGGUCUGCAACAAAUUCAAGUCAAGAGUUAAGGAUGGAAAAGAAAACUUGGAUGACAAAGCUGGGAGUGGAGAUAGUGGCUGGUGUGAUCAUGGUUCAGUUUCUCAUCUCUCUGACCAUUUGGAGGAUGGGUGUUCAAUUGGGGCAAGCAAACCGAGAGGAGGUAUACAUCCAUCUCCUUUUGGUAUGUUUGCCAAAAUUAAAGACAAGUUUCCAGGUAAACCCUCCGGAGAAUAUGAUGAUCAGAGUGAAGGAAAACGCCCAAUGCAUAAGAUAUUAACCUCAAAGGCAGAAGCAUGGAUUGGUAAGAAGGGACUAUCAUGGCCAUGGAAAGAAAAUGAGAAAGAAGGGUCGGUGACUAGGAGCACUCAUUUUGUUUGGCCCUGGUUGCAUAAUGAUCAAGGAAAAGAUUCAAUACCUCAGGAGGGUAAUUGUGCUUUAAAACCAGAAAAUCAGGUGAAUGAAAGUAAUCAACCUGCAACUAAUGAAGCUUCAGGAGCCUGGACCUCUUUGUUUAAUGUUAACUGCACAAGACGUGGUAGCAGUUCUGGAAGUACCAACAGUUCUGCCAAAAAGGAGGAUGUGGAUAUUGAUUGCUUGGACUAUGAAGUCUUAUGGGAAGACAUGAUAAUUAGAGAGAGGAUUGGGCAAGGUUCAUGUGGAACUGUAUACCAUGGUGUGUUGGAUGAAUCAGAUAUUGCUGUUAAGGUAUUUUUGAAGCAAGAAUAUCCAGAUGAUGUGCUUCUGUCUUUUAGACAAGAGGUAUCUCUUAUGAAAAGGCUUCGACAUCCAAACGUGCUGCUUUUCAUGGGAGCGGUGACUUCACCUCAGCGUCUUUGCAUUGUAACAGAGUUCCUCCCACGUGGAAGUUUGUUUCAAUUACUACAGAAGAACAAGUCAAAAUUAGACUGGAGACGACGUGUUCAAAUGGCUUUAGAUAUAGCACGAGGCAUGAAUUAUCUUCAUCAUUUCAGCCCCCCUAUUAUUCAUCGAGAUCUGAAGUCUUCAAAUCUCCUAGUUGAUAAGAACUGGACUGUCAAGGUUGGUGACUUUGGUCUUUCACGUCUUAAGCAUGAAGCAUUUCUCUAUACCAAGACCGGAAAGGGGACGCCUCAAUGGAUGGCACCAGAAGUUCUGUGUAAUGAAUCCUCAGAUGAGAAGUCUGAUGUAUUCAGCUACGGGGUGAUAUUGUGGGAGCUCGCUACUGAGAAGAUUCCUUGGGAUGAUCUGAAUGCAAUGCAGGUGAUUGGAGCUGUAGGGUUCAGGAACCAAAGGCUAGAGAUCCCAAAGGAUGUGGAUCCACAAUGGGCUUCUAUGAUUGAGAGAUGUUGGCACAGUGAUCCAGCUUGCCGGCCAACAUUUCAUGAAUUGCUGGAAGAACUUAAAGCGUUGCAGAGACGGCGUGCUCUCCAGUUCAAAGCAGCGCGUUCUGCCUCUAGUAGCACCCAAAACGAAUUGCAGACCAGCCUGAAAGACUGAAUGAUGGAAUUGAAUGUAUAUAAAUUUGAUUGCGUACAAUUGUCUUUACAUGCUACAUAUAUAUAGUAGUUAGCUAGCUAGCUGUCGUCUAACUAUUGUCUCUAACACUCGUGCACCAAUAAAAGCAAAAUGUCUUCCCGGAUCCAAAUUAUGUGGUUGAUGAAGGCGCAAAGGUGAAGACCGUACCAUUCUCACUAGUUCCAGUAAAGACCGUCCUCCCCGUCAAUAGGUCCUUCACAAGAAGAUAAUCACGAGAGAUUAAGAGAUAACAAGUUUAUCACUAGUAUAAUCUGACCUAGCACUCUCUCUCUCUGCUAGGGUUUAUCGUCGACGGCCGUCGAUGACAAUUUUCAGGCUUCGGCCUAGCCGUCCUCUUCUUAUGGGGUUCUCUUCAGGCUUCGGCCUCCUCUUCUUCUUGGUUGCACUUGUUGCUCCCAAAACUUUCAAUGAGAUGAUGCUCGUAAGCGACGAAGGUCGCUUAAGUGUGGUUGGUUUGGAAUUGCCGGUGAGAAAAGGGUUUGUUUCGACGGCAAAAGUUGGUGGUGGAGUUUGUUGGGAAGGGUGGGAUCCAGGCAAACUGUCGGUUCUGGUUCCUUAUGGGGGCUUCAAAGGCUUGUUUUCUUUAGGCGGAGAUGACGGUGCUUCUAGUUGCUUGGUGCGAGCGUGGAAGACUGAAUUAGAAGCCAUGUAUGUGGCACUUAGGUUAUCACAGUAAAGCAGAAUGGGGUACUGAAUAUGGACACCAAGUUCAUAUAGUAAGAAGAGUAACCAAGUUGUCUCAGUAUUGGAAUGAGCAAGGGAUCGAUAUUCAGAUUUUGUACUGGCGUGAGCAAUGGUAGGUUGCUUUUUGGAACACCAAGAGACAAGGGUAUUACUAAGGUAAAUGAGAUAGCCAGAAGUGAAACAGCGAGAUUCUGGGCAACCGGCCCAACCGGCAUCAGAGUAAGCAGAAAGGUGGGUAGUUGGCGUCGAUGACUAAAAUAGAGACAUGGCCUAGUGUGCCUUUGACAUAGCAGAGAAUACGUUUGGCUGCAAUGAGAUGCGGAGCGAGUCAACCUCGUAUGAAUUGUGACACAGAAUUGACCGCAAAGGCGAUGUCAGGGCGUGUAAUGGUUAGAUACUGCAAGAAGCCAACCAUCAGCCUCUAGUAAGAGAACCGAAGAGGAAUUGUAAAUCACCAGCCAACUUUCUGUUACAAAAUUGACAGAUAAAGCAGGCACUUACAGAUACUUGCACCGGUUACUGAAAGUGGUAUUGGCACUUAUUAUUUUUUAUUUUUUCUU